AUGGCUGAGCAGAAACAACCAAAUCCUCAUGACGAUAAUUAUGAAGAGAGAACAGUUAAGAAGACUGUUAAUCUAGAUAGAAUCCUAAUAGAGGAGAUCGGGGAAAUUGGUCCAUAUCAGCUGCGGACGUUGGGCCUGUCCGUUAUAGUGGUCAUCUUUGCUGCUUGGGCUGCGAGCGAAUACGUUUUUACGACUGCUCGCAUAAGUACCAGAUGUUUAAUACAAGAAUGCGAAACACAAGAUACGGCUGAGUUCAGACCAUCUUGGGUCUUCAACGCGGUACCCACUAGCAGCAGCUCUUUCGAUAAUUGCCGUCGAUUCGAUGUCAUCAAUGGAACUGGUAGAAGCGAUGUCUGCCCUGCCGACUGGUUUAACCGCGAGAACGUCGUUGACUGCCAAGACUAUGUUUACGAGAAUACUGAUACUGUCGUCUAUGACUACGGGUUAGCGUGUGACGAAUGGCGUCGAACCCUUAUAGGCUCAGUUCGGACCUUUGGUACCCUGACCGCGUUACCGAUUACGGGCUACGUGUCAGACCGGUGGGGACGGCGUACCGCACUCAGUAUUAACGCCUUCAACACCGCUUGGAUGGGUGCAAUCCGGUACUUUGCCGGCACCUACAUAGGUUUCCUCAUCUCGGAAGUUGCAGAGGCUACGUUCGGUUCAGCUGGAUUUUCCUGCUGCUAUAUACUUUUAAUGGAACUUGUCGGUCCGAAGUAUCGAGUCGCCGCUGGUGCGACUAUGAAUACGUUUUUUUCCGUUGGUCAAAUAACAAUGGGCUUCAUUGCUUGGGGAGUUCCUAACUGGCAGAAACUUACCCUUACUUUGUACGUUCCGCAGCUCAUUACCAUAUCGUACUUCUGGAUCAUGUCUGAGUCUGUUCGCUGGUAUAUGAGCAAAGGUCGUUUUGAAGAAGCAGAAAAGGUUUUAAAGGCCGUAGCCCGUGUCAAUAAGAAGACAUUAUCGGAUAAGUCAUUACAACUAUUGAGAGAAAAUGUGAUAGAAGAGGAGAGGAAGAAAGCCAACGUAGAGGCAGAUAAAGCAAGAGAACCAUGGUUGAUAGUACUUGUAUUUAGAUACAAAGCAAUUCUAGCACGAGUACUCGUGUCUCCGAUUUGGUGGAUUACUACCACCUUCAUAUACUACGGGAUGUCAAUCAAUUCGGUGAAUAUGUCUGGGAACCGGUACUUGAACUAUGUGGCGGUGUCCGCGGCCGAGAUACCGGGUUACUGGACUGCAGUGCUUCUGAUGGGCAGGAUUGGGAGGAAACCCGUGCUGGCCGGAGCCUUUUGGAUAUGUGCUGCUUGCCAAAUGGGCUAUAUCUUCAUGCCUGCCGGUUUCUACGGUGUUUCCUUGACGUUGUAUCUGAUCGGAAAGUACAGCAUAGCCAUGGUGAUGACUUCGGUCUACGUUUACACAGCAGAGCUGUACCCUACGAAGUACCGGCAUAGUCUCUUCGCCUUUUCUUCUAUGAUGGGCAGGAUUGGAUCUAUUGUUGCACCACUCACACCUGCGUUCGGUGCUAUUGUUUGGGAUAACCUACCAUUCGCUCUGUUCGGUGGCUUCGCGUUACUGUCAGGACUUUUAGUUCUCAUCACCCCAGAAACCCUGGGCUCCAAGCUCCCGGAUACCAUGGAAGAAGCGUCUUUGAUAGGCGUCAAGAAUAAAAAAGCUGCAGCAUAA